AUGAUAAUCAAUCAAGAGGAUGAGAAUGCUGGCACUUGCAAUCUAAUAAUUAACAACAGCUAUAGUAAUAACAACAAUAUCGUGAUAAAUUCAAACAAUCAAUUUAUUGAAAAUCGAAGAGUUUUGGUCACGUCUCCAAGGAAUUAUUCGCUUACUCAUCGACCAUCAUUAUGCAGACAACCAGGAUGUCCUGAUGAAUUCUGUAAUGAUUGUAAUCAUUUGAAGCCACUUUCAUUUUCUGAAUCACAGGAUCAAAUGGCAUUCACGAUUCGUGGCUACGCUAAUAAUUAUUUCAAUAGCAACACAGCACAAGAUCUAAAGUCAUCGUCAUUGAAUCAAACAGCAGCAAUAACACCAACUGCUACUAAUUGUCCUCCAUUCGUACAAAAUCAAAUCAUGACACCACAAAAUUAUCACAUCAAGCAAACGACGGCGACACCAAAUGUGAAUCCGACCAACGAAUUUUCAUUUUAUGUGAGAUCGUGUCCAAAUAAUUAUUGUGAUGGUAGCAGUUGCCCAAAUUGUGCGAGUUACCCGAUCUACAAUGCUUCCUAUCCUCAACAAAUUAUCAAUAAGGGUGAUAUACCGAUUUGUAGUCAAUAUGGAUGUCAAAGUCCAUGCCAAAUAAACAAUGGUCAAUUGCUUAAAUUCUGUUGUGGUGUGUACUGUGGCAAAAAUGACAGUCAACAAGGAUCACAACCGAUGUCUCCCAUAUCGCCACAUGCCGGAACAACACCCGUUACAGCGUCAGGUACACCGGCAUUUACAGCGGCAAUUCCUGCUUUGACUAUGGGAAUGCCAACUUUGACUUCUGGAAUGGCCACACCGACAACCGCUGGAUCGCAUCCUUUAACCAUUGAUACAAAUCAAGCACCAAGUCUUGAUUCCGCCGAGUCACCAAUCCCUUCGUCUGCUACUACUACACUGCCGGAAACACCGACACAUAACUAUGAUUCGACGACAUCGAUCGGCAAUUAUUCUGAAAAUAAAUUAGAUGCGUCGAUUGCCCCUUAUAUUAUCAAGAACAAUAAUACUUUAUCAGUAACGUCGAUUGAUCCAGAACAAAUUUCAUCAUCUCCAAAAGAACCAGAAAGGAAAAUGUCAUUGAAACGAGAAGCAGUUGAUGAAAACGAUCUAGAAGAUGACGACAUUAAACCGAUAAAAUCGAAAUCGAAAAAGAAACGAACAUCUACAACGUCCACAACCACCUCAACUGAUAAGAGUGUUCCAUCAAGAGAAUGUUCGAGAAUUGGAUGCGAAAAGCAAACAAUGACUAAAAAUAAACGAGCAAAGAGAUAUUUUGCAUAUUGUUCGUCGCAAUGUUUCUGGAAGGAAACUGAAACACUUAGAGAGACACGUGCCGUAAUAUUAGAUAAAAAUGAUUCUGAUUACACUAAAGUAUCGACGAAAUUCAAAGAAAAUCUAAAAUCAUACAGAAUCAAAUAUAUAUUACGACUACAACUGUCCGCUGAAAUUACGAAUCAUCAUUUGGCUACAAGAGAGGCGAUGAUGAAGUCACUGGAAGUUGAUGAUAAGGGCAAACUCGUACGAAAAAUGUAUCAUGGAACAAAAAGUGUUUGUGAUCCAUCAAAAAUUAUUGCCGACGGAAUAGCCACUUUCUGUAAGGAUAAAUCAUGUGGAAUGUGUGGCAUCGUUGCUUAUGGAAAUCGGACGUCAUAUUCAAAAACUAGCGGGAGUAUGUGGUUUUCUGAAAAUUCAGAAAAGGCACAGCAACAUUGUGCUGGGUCGAAAGUACAGGCAAUGUUUUUGGUGGAUGUAUUGACAACUAACAUUGAACCGAUAAUCGCGGUUGAUAAAGAUGAGGUAGAUUUCAUGCCAUUAUGA